UUCUCACAUGUAACUGCAAUAUGCUACUAGUUGCGACGACACUUCCGUUGCAUGUGUGAACUCGGCUUUAUUAUUGGCGCCAAAAUCGCAUCGGAGGUACGAGAUAGAAUGUCUUUGAAAGCAUAGUGACCGUGUUGUGUUAGUUUUUUGCAGGUGCUUAGAUAAGUUUAUAGUGACAACAAACGCUUACUAACAAUGGGCGGUGUUAUAGCUGCAAGAGCGGAAAUGUAAUAACAGAAGAAAUGAAAGUGCGUGGCUUCCUAAUGUGUGACUGUGUUGUGGUGAUGGUAGCGAUAAUUUGUGCAAGUUUUUGCACCUUAUUCGAUAACAUAUUUGCACGUAGCCGUGUUUUCACACUAAAACAAAAUAUAGCCUUAUAACAGACAAGUGCUUCUGUCUUUCAGCUGUAUGUAGCACUAAAAUCAUCACAGACUAUGUUGAGUUAUCUGUCAGUGUGGAUAAGUGUUCCAAGUCUGCGCGUGCAAGGGGAUCCACAGCAAUAAUGUUUUUUCUUAUCUCACUGACAUGGAUCAUGAACCAGUUUACAGUAAAGAAGGCCUGUCCACAGCAGAGGCACUUACUCGAUUGCACCAAGAUAUAGAAUCUGUUCUCAAGGAACAUCAGUUGUGCCAUAAGAAAAGGUUCAGUAACAUAUGGCAUAAGCAAUGGUUGAGAGAUGCACUACACCAUGAAAGCCGAUACACCACCUUUUGUUGGACUUCUGCAGUUGCCAUUCUUGCUUGCAGUUUUGCGCUGUUUUUUGCAUAUCUUGUAGAUAAAAGUGACAGGUUAUGCUGUCUACUCACACAAGGAAUACUGCUUCUGCUACUAUUGGUGAUCAAUGUAUAUUUGGUUUUGAGAGAGAACAAAUUGCGGCACUCUGAAAUGACUACAAGAAUUCUUGAAAUUCUUCAUCAGUUAAAAGAUGCUUCGGAGACGUGUCAGUGGUAUCCAGAAAAUUACCCACACUUGUGCUCACCAGUCUCACCUUGCAUUACUCUGCAAUGGACUUAUCGUGAUGGAAAACUGGUGAACUUGCCAUGGGCACUCGUUGUGCGUGAUGAUAUUGUCGUCAUCAGACCUGGACAACAGGCUCCUGGGCGAUGUUCUCCGCUCAAUGACCCAGAUGCACCGGAGCUUGAUGCACAUCAGUUUUAUAGUCCACACAAUGACAGAGAUCCUCCUCCAAGCACACCUGUAGCAAGGAAUCCACUAUCAAAUAAAUACUAUAUAAUGCGUGAAACCCCAUAUUUGAGAAAUCUAAAGCUUGUGCUGGACCGUUCACUUGACAGACCUGUAACUCGUUUCAAUCAGUAUCGUUAUUUGCUCACAAUAUCAUUUUACGAACGGAGGCUGCUACCUGCCAUUUUGGGAUGCACAUUGGCGGUCAGUUGUCUUCGAUAUGUUUAUCUACACCCUUGGGCAGGAGCAGGCCCAUGGCCAGAAAUGUUCCUUACUCAACUCGUGAGUGUCUCUCUCCCAUUUUUGCCACUGGUUUUCCCUGCAGCAUGGCUGUUGCUUACGUGUGUCGGCACUGCUCGCAUCCAUGCCAUACUCCAUGCAAAUAUCAAACAGGUUCCUGUGGACCCAUUUGAAGACACUGACCUCACAGAACCCAAACAUGGUGCUGUAGAUGUGAGCUGGAAAAGCGUGAAAGAGUAUUUCCUGAAAGUGCUGUGGGGUAGUGGAGAAAUACCAUCUCGAUCAGCAAAUUUGUUGCAUGUUUUGGGAUCUGUGACAGCAUUGUGCUGUGUUGACAAGAAGGGGAUAUUGUCAUGGCCCAAUCCUACAGCAGAGAAGGUAUUUUUUCUUCGAAAUACUUCCCGUCCUACAAAAUCUUUGAGUCAUGAGAGUGUAGCGACUGGACAAGGAGAACAGAAGCAACAAAUUGUGAACCAGGAUUCUACUGAAGAAGAAAAACUUUCAAAGUCUAGUCAGUUAAAACAUGAUACUCAUGUGCAGACAGUUGCAGAAGUUUUGGAUCUCACACAUGAUCAUACCAGUGCUUUUCGAUUACAAUUUGAUGAUCACACUUGGAAGCAAUAUUUAAAUUCUUUGAAACCUCUGGGUUUAGCUAUACUCCUGAACACAUGCAAUAUGGAGACUCAGGAGCAUUAUUCACAAUUCUGUGCCCAUGUCACAUGUGAAGCUCUGCACUCGGAGAACCUUGUGCCAGUAACCAAUCGUAGAUGUCUGUGUGAACUAGCCAAACAAAUAGGAUUUGUUGACCAAGCUCAGGACAUAUUCAAACUAGAGGAGCAAUUAUCAACUUUCAGGCAUGUUCAACCAGAGUUGGUGCGCCGUGAUAUCAAGUUUGCUAGAUCUUUACCGAUAGCAAAGUUGAAGUUCCCUUUUCCUCACAUGGUUGCUGUUGUAGUUCGAGAACACAGUAGAAGAAAUUUGCAGCUCAUGGCUCAGGGCACUGCAGACAUCAUACUAGACGCAUGCAUUGAGUUCUGGGAUGGUUAUGAUCUAUGUCCACUAACUGCAAGUGACAGGAAGAAAAUCCAAGACUUCUACCAGCGCACAAGUCUGACUGCUUACUGCACAGCUUUUGCAUAUCGUCCUUUGACCCGAUCUGUGAAUAGCAAGCUUUCAAAUGUUUAUCUGGAACUGCCAGCUGACAGUAAGCACCUGUAUGCGCCACAUCGAAGCCCUACACCACUUGCAUGGGAUCCUCGUUGCAGAGGCAUUCUUAGUCGUUUCCAUUCUACAGAUUCACUGUUGGGUAAUGAAGGCCAUGAGGAUGAUGUUGAUGAUGUUGAGGGUUGUUUUGAGCUGCAGUGCAACCAAGUAUUUAUUGGAAUGGUAACAAUGCAGUAUCAAGCUCAGAUUGAUAUGGUUCAACUUAUAGAGCAGUUAGAAAGAGCUUGUAUCCGAUUUGUACACUUCAGUAAAGAGAAUGAACUUCGUUCACGUGUUUUCUCAGAAAAAAUGGGCCUGGAGAGUGGUUGGAACUGCCAUAUAUCUUUGCUGAGUGAGCGUAACAGAUCCGACAGCGGUCAGUCAGACUCAUGGCCUAAUGUGGGUUUUCGACUGUCUUCUCCUUCAUCUCUUCCCAAGUGCUGCACCCUGCCAAAUGAUGAGCAUGCAGAUGAAGCUGCUGGUUUACUCAGUACUCGCAGUGCUGUGGGGAAUUCUAAGGCGCUUAGCUUCUCUGCUCCUAGUGCGAUCAAUUUGGAUUUCUCGCAAGUUAAAUUUGAGGAUGAAACACAUGAUAUGUGUGAUGAAUCUUCUAUUCCUCAGCCUGAAGCACUUACACGAAGCAGUAUAAAUGAUGAACGAGUGACUAGCCAGGACAGCAUGCUAGUGCACAGUGUAGACCUAAGUUCGCAGACAGAAGUCUGGCGUUCCCUUAGCUGUCUUACUGAUAGCACUGAGCAGAGUGGCCUCAACAUCGACAUAUCAAAUCGUGCAAAGCUACCUCGUGGCAUAGACAAAAUCCGUCCACACUUAGAGCAGAUUGACAAUGUUCCGCUACUCGUUUCGUUGUUCACAGACUGUACGCCAUUAACAACAUGUGAAAUGUUGCAUAUUAUGCAAGAGUACAAAGAAGUGGUAUGUGUUUUGGGAUCUGCAGCAAAUGCUGAUAACAUGCCCAUUUUUUUACAAGCUGAUGCAAGUUUCGCCGUGGAGCCUCUGUACCCUCAGGUCUGCCAGAAAAUACCUGCAUUUAUACCUACAAAAGCAGCUCAAGGAGUUUCUCCUGUGGAAUUAAAUCGUAUGCUCAAUUCAAUUGCUUGCUCAAUUACCUUCCAUAGGGAGGAUCCAGUCUCCAUCUUUCACUUAAUAUUGGAGGCUCGUCACUUUAUGCAGUCAGUAACCAACAGUGUCCAGUUUUGGAUGUGUUGUGUGGCCAGUAUAUCAGUAGUGCAGGUUCUGGCCAUUAUCUUCAUGCUGCCUCCAAUCUUCUCUACAGGGCAUAUAAUGUGGCUGGUUUGCAUUAUAGUUCCUCUUCUGUCACUGUCCCUUGUUGGAAAACCGACUGAUCCUCAGGUGAUGCACAGAGCCACUGGGAAAAAUGAAUGUGUUUUCAAUACCCAGGUGGCUAUUUUCAUACUGUGGUGCUAUGGUGCCAAGUUUGCCCUUUCCUGUGUGGCAGUCCUGCUUGUCUAUGUGACAGUGCUCAAGUCAGAAUGUGAUGUUGUGACGGCUUUGUCUGGUGAAAGCAAUAUGACUUGCACAGUUGUGUAUCCUGUAUUACAAGAAGAAUGGGGUGGUUGGGAUCAGCGCAGUCAUGGCUUGCUCUUUGCCCAGCAUGCUGCACUCUCUGCUGCUGUCCUCUUCUUUGUUACGAUAUCUGCUUGCUUUGUACACAGAGAGUAUUCUUUGUGGGUGAAAAGUCCACACAGUAACAUUGUGUGGUUGGCGGCUACAAUGAUCACGUUGCUGCUGCAGAUGUCUUUCUUUGGUAUAAGUUUCUUUGUGUUGUGGUCAAAUCCGGACACCAUUUUGACCGAUAUUCAAGUGCCAUACAAUGCCAUCAUUAUUGGCAUUAUUUCUCCUUUUGUAAUAGUUUCAGUGAAUGAACUUAUCAAAAGGGAAGAAAUUAAGGUCAAUGUUCGAUAUCAGAAACGGGCAAGACUUGAAUUUGGUACAAAAUUAGGAAUGAAUUCACCAUUCUAGACAUACAUAAAGUAUAGCUAUUGCCUUUUACACUUGUAUUAUGUUAUUGCAGAGUUGUAUCUUGCUUCCUCACACGUCAAAGUGAAGGAACAGAUUUACAUUGGAAUAAUUGAAGUGAAUGAAGGAUAACUGUACUAAAAGCUGGACGAAUAAGGAAUGUAAGGAGAGGUUACAAGUUUUAGUGAACAGACUAUCGGGUAGACUGACAAAGAAUACAAUAGAAGCUGUUGCCAGUACAAAACAAAGAGGCAUUGUUUGUUGAAUAUGCAAAGAAUACGAGUAAAGGAUAAUACUUCACACUGUGAUAGGGGCUCCUAAACACAAAACUUGGGGCAGUUAAAUAAGAUCAUGAAAUUCAGAAAUAUCAAACUAAUAGCAAAAAAUAAUGUGUGAAAAUGAAAAGGCUAGGAGUUUUCAAGAAAUUUCGUAUGGAGAUGGGAUGGUUAGUGUUCACUAUUUCUGAUGUCUGUCAUGUGUUUUAUGACAAAUGUGUUAGAGUAAUCAUUAACAUUGAAAACCAGUUUCUGGAUGAGGCAGUGAAUGUUUUUUCCCCAGUGCUUGUGGAUCCCAUGUGUACCUGGUGCAAGAACUAUGUCAGCCAGUGGAAAAUCACUGUCGCGUACAGAAUUUUGUUACUCUCUGGAUCUUUCUGUCAAGAUCGUUUUCUGCCUAUCUCAUUAUUACUAUCCUUCAAAUCUCUCUGGCAUUCCAUUCCUUUUAUUUAAUCUGUAGAUUGUUUCCCCCAUUUGUCUUGCUGUUCUUGAGUUGCUUCAUCCAUGACUGUCAUGUAUGUAUUUUCAAAGAUUCAUAUUCAUGAUUAAUCUGAAGUGAAACUCACAAAACUUCCACUGUAUUAUUUUUGUGCCCAAUUUCGUGGAAGACAGAAUUUCUCAACACAAUGUAGAUCUUUUCUGUCAGCUGUUUAUUUGCACAGACAGAACCCCCCCUCUUUUCUUUUUCCCAUACACAAAAUGCACUGUGUAGGUGGAAAGAUAGUUUAGUGCAACAAUGGACAUGGGAAAAUAUAGAAUGAAGAAAAAUCAAUUGUUAAUUGUAUAUAUGAUUGGAGUUUAUAGGAACAGUGCCCUUGCUGCUUUCAUGAGACUUAAUUUACCUUUUAAAGCAAUGUCGUCAAUCAAAGAAUACAUUGGAAAAAACAUGUGGUGCUAUCAAACUACAUUACUUUGUUAUUGACCAUUUGUGCGUCCUUACCCAAGUCACUGAGUAAAAAAUACAUGCAGAUAGCUCAAUUCAUUCAAUGUUUACUUAUACUGACUUAUAUGAUGCUCUGCUAUAUUGUUACAAAACAACAUGUUACCACAGCAUUUAGUAAGUUCAAACACAGCUUGAUUAAAAGAAUACAAUAAUUAUAUUUUAUCUGAUAUGACAAGACUUUGUCUUAGUACUAUGUAUGUUGCACCAAUGAUGAUAAUUUUAUGUGUGUGUUUCAUACUGGUCUUACAUGUGUAAUAAAUUCAAACGCAAACUAAAAUUGAUGCUACAGUAAGUUUUUUUAAAUUGUUAUAUGCAGUAAGACAACUCUUGUAACUGGUGAGAAUGUUGUGGUUUUGGAAAUGACGUUUAUAAUGAAAUACAUCAAUAAACAUGAACAUUUUCUGCUCAUUGAUUAUUCCAUGUUUGUAACAAACAGAUACGGAAAAUGAUUCUUUUUUUCUGUGACAUUAUUUUAUUAUUGAUUUGUAGAUAAUAUGCACUGGUUAAAUGACAUAGUGUUUAUUUGUUGAGCACUUAUCUGUCUUCAUAUAUUUAUUUUAUUCCAUCCUGGAUUUUCCAUUCUAGCUGGAAAAGCUACUUUAAUUAAAUUUUGCACAUUUCGUUCAAGGUAGCUUAUUAAUAUUUUAUUAUUGGGUUUUUCAGGCAGACAGACAAACAGAUAGACCGGGGGGAGAGUAUAAAAUCCAAGACACACAACAAUGUGCAAAAUAUAUUCUUAACUCUGAAACUGAAACUUUUAUAUUUGCCUAAUGAGGUUAUGCUAAACUCAACAAGUACACUUUCUCCUGAUAUUUUUCUGUGAUGUAUAAUAUAAUUUUCCUGGAAGUUUUGUUAUGACAGGUCCAUAUUACGGCCAAACGUAUGUGUGAAAUAUGAUGGGAGAAAGCGUCUUGUCAGUUGUCUUAAUUUUUAUACACUUAGAUUUGGAGGAUGAAUAAAAAUUGUCUUUUUUUUAGAAUAAACUGCCAUUUGAUUGUAUAUUACUGUAUUUUUCUUCUGUAAUAUCCAGAUUUUGGCUUUCGUGCCAUUAUCAAAUACAGUGUUACCAGAUAUGCUGUAUAAAUGGUCUAAGAACUCUAAGCAUUGUGUUCGGUAAUGACAUAAAAGCCAAAAUCUAGAUAGUAUAGAAGAAAAAUACGGUACUACACAGCCAAAUGGUGGAUUAUUCAUUGAAAAAAUACUGUGUGACUAUGGCUCAGCACCAUCAAAAACUUUUUAAUAAAAAUGGUGUGGGAGACUUAAACUUUCUUUUCGUUUCUCUGAUUACAUGUAAAGUAACAUAACCUCAAAUUCCACAUGGCUGCAGCUCAUUAGUUCUGCAAAAAGAAUGUUGUUCGAAAUCUCUUAUCAACCUGACAAGAUCUGUAGAAACAGAAAAUAAGUUUGAAGGGGUGAUUGUUGAUCAAGACAGGCAAC